AUGCGGAUGCAGGCCAUUCUUGCAGCCCUGAGCAAGAACAAGAGCGUUGCUCACGCAUAUCUCCAAGUCAGUGCUCCCAAUCGCUUUGUGGCUGCCCCGAAGGCCGAGAUCAAGGCACCUCUAAGCGGAAACCAAACAUCAAACGACAACAAAGUCGAGCUCGUGCGCGAGGGCCUGAAGGCAAAGAAGGCUGAAGGAAAGAUAGGUAGCCGAGGGUAA